AUGAGCUCGUGGUCAGAUCUGCAAGAGCCUCCACGGAAGAGGAUGAGAAAGGGGACCAAGAGUUGCACGGAAUGUCGACGUCGCAAGAUCCGCUGCACUUCCAACUCCAAAGUUCCUGGAACCUGCAACGAAUGUCGCCUUCGUGGAUCAACAUGCAUUGAACAGGAACAAAGUCCCCCAACCAGUGUUUCGAGUCAUCAGGGCGAGCAGACAUACAGCCUACGAGAGCGGGUUGCGCAUUUGGAGAAUGUAGUAGAAGGACUUGUCAAGAGACUGGACCAGAAUGUUCCUGCGCCUAAAGAUCUACAGACCAAUCUGACACCUGCAUCGGUCGAGUCGGAUGAGCCGAAUCUGCCAAACCAGAUGGUAAAUGCUCCGAUUCUACAGCUCUUUGAUACAUAUUUGGUCAAUAGCCAGGAAGACACCUCGUGUGAUGAUCGGUUCACCGGAGUCGAGGACAUGUCGCCCAAGGCGCAGGAAGUCCGCUCUCAGCUGAUCGCUCUGUUUCCUCCACGAGAAGACAUCAGAAAGAUCAUCAAUGCUUCUUCCAAAUGGUGGUUUGUGUGGCAAAGCAACUUUCCAGAGUUGUGUGACCGGUGUCGAGACUCAUCUACUCCGAGUUUCAAUAUGGCACCUGCCGACGUAGCCAAGGCCCUUGUUUGUCUUUCUAUCAGCGUGGCCCAGAUGGCUGGCUUUGAUUUCAAUUCUCUAAAAAUCCCUUUCAACCCCAAACAAUUCGUUGACCUCUGUAUAUCGGAGGUGGACCGUUUGGUCAUCCGGGAUGACGACCUUGCUGCUACACUACCUGGGAUUGAGUGCCAGAUGCUGCUUUCCAAGUACUAUAUGAAUGAUGGGCGGCUUCGCAAAGCGUGGCUGGGCAACCGCCAGCCCAUCGAAUUUGCUCAGAUUGCCGGCAUGCAUGUGUCGACCAGGACUCCUCGUCCGUCCGAUGCUCUAUAUGAACGCCGGCUGAAACUCUGGUGUUCGCUAGUGACAUCGGACCGCUCGCUGAGCCUUAUCCUGGGGAUGCCGUACGUCGUGACAGAUGCCUUUAUCUUGCCUCAGGUGGAACAGCGUCUGGCUAUGAAAGACGUGCCGGCGCCCGAGCAAUACGUGUUACGUGCAGGCAUCAUUACCGGACAUAUGAUCGACCGGAGCCACGAUCCAGCCAAAGCCUCGCUCUCCACAACACUGAAGCUAGACCAGGAUCUUCUUGAUGCUGUUGCUCUCCUGCCCAACAGCUGCUAUGACGCCAGCCCGUGCUCGCAGGAAGGGAAGCCGUUCCACGAACAUGUCCCACUGCAAUUCAUGUCCAACCUGCUACGAGCUAUGCUUCAUCUCCCUUUUAUGUUGAAAUCAUCCUCCAAUUCUCAGUACCAAUAUUCCCAUGAGACAGCAAUCCGAUGCGCACGGCUGGGCCUCGGCCACUACAAGAGUCUACGGUCAAUAGGAUCGCCGUACCUCUGCAAAGUCACAGAUUUCCUGGCCUUCAUACUGGCCUUGCUGCUACUGACCCAUGUAUACGGGAAUUCAGAAGAGUCACCCAAUCAUGACAAGGAACAGGACCAACGCGAUUUCGCUUUGGUAGGCGAGACCAUUGAGAUUCUCCGCUGCGCCUCCUCGGAGUGCGGUGGUUCUGUUGCUGCUGAAUCGGCCACCAUCCUGGAACAGAUCUUCAAUGCCUGCAAUCCUUCUAGUACGGACUGGAAAUCAUUUGCACAUUCCAACAGAACGUGCAAGAUCACGAUACCGUAUUUCGGCACCGUUACCGUCGGCCCCGGUUCGAAACUUUUGAGGAAAUUUUGGGACAACAUGAGCGGCCCGAUGCUUGGGGCUUCGUCCGCGCCAAUAGCGGCAACGGAACCCUCUCCCUCCAAGCAAACUCCACAUCAGGGCUUCACUCCACCCUUGUCGACCUCCGGUGGUACAGCGCAGAUUAAUGCUGCCAGUGGGGAAGCACUAAAUUUUGAGCGCGCUGGAUAUACGGAGAUGCUCCCGACGGACAACGAUUUGAGGAAUCCGAUGGUGGAUCUCAACGCAUUUAGUGGGAUGUUUGAUGAAUUUGGGCAGGACAUGAGUUUCGAUAAUCUGAACCUCGACUUGGGGCUGGACCAGGGGUGGAAUCUGAACUGGUCCGACGUUUAG